GCGAAACAUGCUUUCUACAGAAUGCUUGAGUGUGAGGGGCCUGGACUGGAUCAUAUUAAAUGGCAUGUGAAAUACACAGACUUACUACCAACAAAAGUGAUUCCUUUAGGGGGAUAUCACGUAAAUACGACACUCAAAAAUGACGGCAACUAAAUUGAUUAAACGGUACACUUAGGAUUAGGCAAACUACUGGCCGACCGAUAUACGGGGCGUGCUGCCGGUGGUUCCCUCUAAACGAGAGACUGGCGGGGAAUUUUUGGAAACAAUCAGUUCUUGGAUAGGUACAAACGGCUGGGAAAACAGCGGUGUACGAUGUGACGAUAUGAGCGCACUUCGGCUGCGAAGGACGGUGGAAUGUGCUAGGAUCGCUGUGGUAGCAUCUGUGCUGGUCUUAACUGCAAUGGCCUCCAUGUCGACAGACAACAAGCGAACAAUGGACUUUCUUCUUCCGAUGCUGCCCUCCACAAACUACAUCCUGAAUGACGUCCUCGUUCUUCCCAGAAAUGUUGAGGCAGUGAAUGUAACGGUUGUGGACGCGGACGGCAGACGGGAAAAUCGGGUGGAGGCGAAUACCGGGACCGACUUCCGCAUACAGAUAGAAGAACCUAUCUCGAGAUAUACAGAAUAUUAUCUGCGCGUACCGGCAGACUCCAUAGUCGCCAUAAACCUGACGGGAAGCCUCGUGUUGCUAGAGGCGACACAAACCUUCACUAGGGUCCACAAGCUGAUUACCCACGGCGACAAAUUGGAAAAUACAGACACCUUAACCCUAUUAAUUCUGCCAGCAUUUCCCAAUACCACGACAAAUAUCUGUCCAUUUGUCCGCAUAAAGAAGAACUUAAAUGCUAAUUCGACGUUUUUGUCUCGGCUAAUCCCAGAUGCGAUUAAGUGUAGGCAAGUGGAGGUUGGCCGGGAUGAUGGAUUUGUAUUAAAUAAUGUAUCAUUGUUGCGGGGAAUGGAAAUUAUCGCCGAUAAGCCGGUCGGUAUUCUGAUGGGCUGGAGAAGCAAUUUGUCAUCGGCGUCCGGGGCCGACCUGGCCGCUGGCACCGCUCCGCAGCCUAUCUCCCCUCUAAUCUGGGGGAGCGCCCGUCACUUGCUCGACUCAUUCGGGAAUCAAUUUCUUCUAUUAUCAAGCAGCGAAGUACCAGCGUUCAACCUUUCUAUUUUGUCAUUGUCCGGAUGUAAUAUCACAUUGAGCGGUCAGAGAGAAGUGCUGCACUAUACGGCGGAUCCCGGGGAGCCUCUCGUCAUAAACAACCUGACGUCACCCUCGGACGGCUGGUAUAUGGAGACCUCCGGCCUCGCCAACGUUCGCUACACGACCAUCAGCGGCCACACGCGUCAUAUCGGUCGCAGUAUUGUGGCCAUAAAUCUGGAUCGGCCUGACAGGGCGGCGUGUAAUGACUCAACGGACGGCUUUGUCUUCCAGUGGCUGCCUCUACAGGCGGACCUGUCGCUCCUCGUAAUUUGUGUCUGUGCCGGAAACGUAUCGCUCAUCUCCAAGACCAGAGAAAGCAUUACUCCCAGUAGAUCAUUUGUAAUGAAUCCCAUUAACGACACCAUGUAUCACGUAUACGCGUACACCACUCCUUAUAACAGUGUCGGAAAGCUCAGCUUCAAUUCCCACCAUUGUGAAUAUACGUUGCCUAUUGAAACAAAUACGCCGACGGCAGGUAGCGAGACUGUUGUGCCACAUUUUUUGAAACACUCGGGAGACCUGCGGCCGGUCACCGGCGUUCCCGCGACUUCUAUGCAACCUAGGGAGGCGCCGAGGGUCCCCUCCGCACCACGUAGAGACGCGUUAGCCAUGAACCAUGACUUUACCAUGGUGUUGGAUAUAUUACACAGUGAUGACGGUCAGCAGUUUCGACUUGACCAGCCGGCUGAUUCCCCCGGAAACAUUGAUACUGGGUAUCGGAUAUUACCUAGCCAAGGACAGUUGGGGGAAGACGGGGGAGUGAUGGCGGUGGUGGCGAGCCUGCUGGCGGCGCUGGCAGCCGUAGCACUGCUCAUCCUCGCCUUCGCCGUCGGGGACGCGCUAUCUCACCGCCGCCAUGGCCGCAACACCCGCAUCCGACCCUUUAUUUCCUUUUACUGACAACAUAUACUCGCAUGAUUAACUUACAUACGCUCGCAGUAUGUAACAGUGAUAACAGUCAUUAGCCUUAAACAUCUGGAUAUGGUUCAAGUAGUCUAUAUCUAUUAAAAUGUCAUUUAAAAUGCAUUUGAUAGAUUAACUACUGUAUUUCGUUUAUUAAG